UUANGGGUCGUCGGUACACUUUUCGGAUCUCGUCGUGGACACGUGCAUUUCUCUAUCCAGAAAGAUCCUAACUCUCCACCGGCGUUUCUCAUCGAGCUCGCUACUCCGAUUAGUGGGUUGGUUAAAGAGAUGGCUUCGGGACUCGUCAGAAUCGCUCUGGAGUGUGAUAAAGGGAAAGAGGAAGACGAAGGAGAAGAAGAAAAAAUCAAAACUUUACGUCACGGCGGAGGAGACAAGACGAAGACGGCGACGGCGACGGCGAUUUCACGGCGGUUGGUUGAGGAGCCGAUGUGGAGGACUUAUUGUAACGGGAAAAAGUGUGGAUUCGCGACGAGGAGAGAGUGUGGUGAGAAGGAGAAAAAGGUUUUGAAAGCGCUUGAGAUGGUUUCUAUGGGCGCCGGAGUUUUACCGGAGACGGAGGAGACAGGCGGCGACGGUGGAGGAGAUGUGAUGUAUAUGAGAGCGAAGUUUGAGAGAAUCGUUGGAUCGCGUGACUCCGAAGCUUUCUAUAUGAUGAAUCCUGAUAGUAAUGGAGCUCCUGAGCUUAGUAUCUAUCUACUCAGAAUCUGAUGAAGAAGACGAAGGAGAUGACCAAAGCCUCGUCAUCGAAAAGAAUGUUUAUGGUUUAAGUGAGAUUUUCCGGUUGAAUUACUUAAUUAGUCGGUUAAGUGAGAUUUUCUGGUUUAAUUACUUAAUUAGUCGGUUAAGUGGGUAAGUGAGUCGAUGUCUAAUACUUAAAAAAUCGAAAACGACGUAUCUCUAUAUUAUUAUUGCAAAUUCGGAUUAGAUGUGAAUGUGAUCGAUUUGAUCGAUUGAAUCGAUCUCAUGGUUAUUAGAUCAGGGGUUUUAAUUUUUGGGGGAGGGGUUUAGAAUUUGGUAUAUGGGAUAUGGAGAGGACGACUACUUGUAAAUGUAUAAAUUUCGUUUUUUUAAUUAAAAUCUGUAAUCUUUUCUUGUUGUUUUCUAAAUCAAAUGUCAUAAUUGGGGCACCGAGCCUUGUUAGAAUCGUAA